GAAUGAAGUAAAAUGGAUUAAAGCUGACCAACCCGAAUAAAGCAUUUGGACUUAAUCGCAAUAUUCAGUAUUAUCACGUGAUGUAAUUAGUAUUAAUCCUGUAAUAACGUGUGCAAAAUUACUUGGAAAUGUAUUUAAGAGGCCGGCACUGUUCUGAUAAUAACUAACAUGAGCCGAAACUAGAAGUGCUUAUUUUAAUUGUUUUAUUUCAGAGGGACAAGGAAAGAACAGAGGGCACAAGACUGUAGUAGAGGUACAAUCCAAAGUUCAAGACCUAAACAUAACAGAGAAAAAGAAGGAAGCUAUGUCUUGGGGAUACUCUUAUUCAAACGGUCCUCAUACCUGGGCAGUAAAUUUCCCAGACGCAGCAGGCCACGACCAAUCGCCAAUUGAUAUUCAUACAAAUGAAACAAUAUUUGACAGUGAGCUAGAGGCCACGCCCCUUGACAUCAAUUACGGCAUCGAGGAAAGUUUCACAGCAUGUAAUACAGGCUCAAGUUUUAAGGUCAACAUUAGUCAAACCUCAGAACUGAAAGGUGGCCCACUGACCGACGUUUAUAAAUUGGAACAAUUUCAUUUACACUGGGGAUCCAGCGAUGACCACGGGUCAGAACAUAUGAUAGAUGGUCAAAAAUAUGCCGCGGAGCUUCAUCUUGUUCACUGGAACUCUACUAAGUACUCGAGCUUUGCGGAUGCCGCGAGUCAGUCUGACGGUUUAGCUGUGCUAGGUAUCAUGAUUCAGUCUGGAGCGGAAAAUGAAGGAUUUAAGGAUAUGGUUGACACAAUAAGAAAUGUUAAAAAGAGCGGCCAAACAUGCCAAGUUUUGAAAUCAUUUAAUCCAUCUGUUUUAUUACCAGAAAAUACAAAAGAAUUCUGGACUUAUCACGGCUCCCUCACAACUCCCCCAUGUUAUGAAAGCGUCCAAUGGAUUGUCUUGAGAGAGUCUGUUCAGUAUUCGCCAAAUCAGUUACAAGCACUUAGAAGUCUCUUAAAUAAUGAAACUGAAUCAGAUUGUAUCGUGGACAACUACAGGCCACCUAUGCCGAUCGGAGGCAGAAAAAUUCGUGCAUCCUUUAAAGGCGCAUCAUGAAACAAGAGUCAAAAGUGAUUUUAAGUUAAACCGGUUCAUUCAUGAAACGAUCUCAUUUCCUCAUUUGACUGAUAUUUUCAAUAAAGCCAAAAUAGUGUAUAUAUUAAUGGUUUGCACUGGAAUUGACAGCGGCAAUGCAGUGAAAAUAACCGGAACAGGAAAUAACAGAACAGGAACAGGAAAAGGAGAUAAAUGCUUGUGCACGCGCACAACAACGCAUGCGCAAAUGCAUUAAAACGUUCCGGAAAUCAUAUAUCAUUCAUUUAUUUAUACCUGCUAGUCAGAUGUGUCAAGUUAAUUAAAAUGUCGAUACUACAUAAUACAUGUAUAUUAAACAUGAAGCACG